AUGAAUCCAAUACUCGACAACCAAGGAGUUUUGCGUGUUGGAGGCAGACUAGAGCAACCAACAUUCGCAACGUUUGAUAUGAAACAUCCAGUCAUACUUCCUAAAGGUCAUGCGGUAACCGAUAAGUUGAUUCUGUAUUAUCAUGAAAAGUUCGGACAUGCAAAUCGUGAGACCGUGUGCAACGAACUUCGGCAACGAUUUCAUAUUCCGAAACUGCGGUGGGCUAUCCAACAAGCAGUGAAAAGUUGCGUUUGGUGUCGCGUCAACCGUUGUCUACCACAAACUCCCAUGAUGGCACCGCUACCAGUACAACGGAUUACACCGCAACUUCGCCCAUUUAGCUCAGUGGGCGUAGACUACUUAGGACCCGUAGAAGUGGUGGUGAAUCGACAGUGGGAGAAAAGGGGGAUUGCUCUGUUCACCUGA